UCUCCAGGCCGGACUCCCCUUGUCCCCAGUUUUCCACUGAAUCAGAUUCACAUGUAAAUUUUUUAGUUGAACUAUAACUCUCAUUAGUGUAUUUAUUGGGGUGUCUCAGGCCAGACGUUAUUUCUGGGGAAGGAUAUUAGGCUGUGUCCCCCCUGUGCUGGGAGUUCCCCCCCCCUGUGCUGGGAGUUGUUCUCUCCGUUCCAUUCCCACAUUCUCUACAUGUAAAAUCCACAGGGAACUCACAGAAUCCCCAGUUCCCGCGUUUCUCUCUAUAUUGCACUUUGUACAGGUGUUGCCCCUUUUAAACAGCAACUCCCGGCACCCUGUGUGUAGAUUUGUUUAUCCUGAGCUCCGACCGUCUGAACACAAAGUACAAUAAAUAAUUUGUUAACAAGUUCUUUGCCAGUCCCUAGUGAACCCUAGAAGACCUCCAGUAUUUCCCAGGUAACGAGAGUUCACUGCUUCCCCUACCUGCUUGUGUUAGUCAUGUGACCCAGGACAGGUAAGCCAGGCCCCUCCCACAAGGCAGCAUUGCUGGAAUUGUUGUGCUCUAGCCCCGCCCCUUCUUCCUGCCCAGGACAUUUGGUUUCUGUCGAUCCAGUCGGAGUGGUUUCAGUGUGGCCAUAAAAGUGGGUGUGCGACUGUGAGUCGGGUGAGAUCUGUCUCUGCUCCCAUGGGACUGGCACAGCCGGGACAGACUGCGGCACAAUAACAAGGGUGGCAACUAGCCCAGCUGCUGUGGCAACGUAUAUAUAACAGCGCCAGGGAAAACUCCUCCCAGCAGAAGAUACGGAACAUUUGGCUCCUGGGCUGCCCAGUCCAUAGAGUUUGGCAGAGGAGGGUGCUGGGUGCCCAUCAGCUCAAUUCCAGCAGCACCCACAAUUCCCUGGGGCAGGGAGAUCUCCCAGUGACAGCCAUGCGCACCCCAGCAGUGAUGAUCAUAGGGAUGGUCCUGGCUCCUUGUGGGCUGGUCCUCAACUUGACCUCCACCGUUGCCCCAGCCUGGCGGCAACUUAGCCAACAGGUGAACAAGCCAACAGACAAAGUGCAGCGUCAGGGCAUCUGGGACAUCUGCGACGAGACCGUCACUAGCCAGUCCAAGACCUGUGGGAUCCCCAAUAUCGAAUACUUUGCCUUACAGGUUGUGCAGGUUGCCCGGGCUCUCAUGAUCACGUCUCUGGUGGUCACAACCCUGGGCAUCGUCGUGGCAUCACUGGGCGUGCGAUGUUGGCAGGAUGAGCCUCACAAUCUCCUCGCUGGAAUUGGGGGGAUAGUGAUCUUCCUCUCGGGGGUCCUCAGCCUGAUCCCCGUCUCCUGGUACAACAAUGUUAUGUUCGGCUCUGAUUCUGGCAGUACAAUCCAGGUGGACUACGCUCUGGUGCUGGGCUAUCUGGGCAGCUGCUUCGAGAUCAUCGGGGGCUUCUCGCUUGCACUCAGUUUUAUUCGCGGCUGUAUGGACUUUAUAAGGAGCAAGCGCAAGACCCCCACUUCUACCCUGUACUAUAAGCAGAACCCCCAAAGCCAGGCCUCCAAACCCACCAGCGUCUACAGCAUCGGAACUGGCAGAGACAACCUGGGCUACAGUGUGGGCAACGACAACUACGUGCAGGGAGGUGCCAGUCGUUAUGCCCCUUCUGAGGUGUCUGUGCCCAGGUCCUACAGGAACCCCUCGAAUGUGACAGACAGGGAGCAGUCCCGGGGCCCCCGGCGCCCCACUAGCCAACUCAGCUCCUUGCCCUGUGACUCCGACCUCUUAUAAACUUUCUUGUGAAUGUCAGAACCUGAACCUCUUGUUCAUUUGCACAGAUCUGGUACAACUACAACUCCCUGCGGACAAGUGACUUUUGGAGAAUGACACAGGCAGAGCCUCGGGGGGAUCAUUUCUAUAAUGAAGGUGCAAUAAAAGACUCCGCUGAUGAAGGGACUGUAUAAAGCUGCUCCUUGUCUCCGGCUCUUGUUCAACUACAACUCCCUGAUGGCUUUGUAACAAAGUCUCUCACACUGGAACUAACAGACCUGCAUGGGAACCUACAGCUCAGUCUUAUCCUUCAGUCAUUGUGGGACAAAGUCGGGAUCAUGGAAUAAAUGACAUUAACAAACAAAAGUGGGUAAAGAGGCCUAAAUAUCCUAAUGAAAUUUAAUCAUUUUGCUCCUAAUCAUUGAGUCUAUACAUUGAGUCUAUACAUUGAGUCUAUACAUUGAGUCUAUACAUUGAGUCUAUACAUUGAGUCUAUACAUUGAGUCUAUACAUUGAGUCUAUACAUUGAGUCUAUACAUUGAGUCUAUACAUUGAGUCUAUACACUGAGUCUAUACAUUGAGUCUAUACACUGACUCUAUACACUGAGUCUAUACAUUGAGUCUAUACAUUGAGUCUAUACACUGACUCUAUACAUUGAGUCUAUACAUUGAGUCUAUACAUUGAGUCUAUACAUUGAGUCUAUACACUGAGUCUAUGCAUUCAGUCUAUACAUUGAGUCUAUACAUUGGGUCUAUACCUGUACAUUGAGUCUAUACACUGAGUCUAUACAUUGAGUCUAUACACUGACUCUAUACAUUGAUUCUAUACAUUGAGUCUGUGCAUUCAGUCUAUACAUUGAGUCUAUACAUUGAGUCUAUACACUGACUCUAUACAUUGAGUCUAUACAUUGGGUCUAUACCUGUACAUUGAGUCUAUACAUUGAUUCUAUACACUGAGUCUAUACACUGACUCUAUACAUUGAGUCUAUACAUUGAGUCUAUACAUUGAGUCUAUACAUUGAGUCUAUACAUUGAGUCUAUACAUUGAGUCUAUACAUUGGGUCUAUACAUUGAGUCUAUACAUUGAGUCUAUACAUUGAGUCUAUACAUUGA